AUGGCCGAGCUGCUGCCCUGGGCACAACACCGUUUCGGCCUCUCUGGGGAGCCUUCGGAGAGAUACUUUGGCGGUUCCUCUUUCGGUGGCAUUUGUGCUCUGUACAUGGCGAUGAGAUUUCCAGGUGAAUGGGCCGGUGUCAUGGUGGAAUCUCCCUCCUUCUGGGCCGGCGAUGGUCGCUACAUGGCCGACGUGGCGCAGCAUGACAAGGGCUGGCCCAACCGCAUGUACUUGGCCAUGGGCGAGUUUGAGUACACCGGCUUCAGAGGUACCGAAAGGGUGGUGAGUCUCUUGCGAACCUGCAAGACUGAGUCGGAAAACCUUUUCAACUCCGAAGCUUCAACUGCCGAAGCGAAGGAUGUGUUACCUUCUCCUUCAUCGACUGAACAGCAAGAGGACCAGGAUUCUUUCGAGGAGUUGCUUUCACGCGGACGGCAGCUGGAUGAUUCUUUCGAGGAUAUUGGGCCCGAGGGUUCAGAGGAGUGCUGCAGUGUGGAGGAACUCACAGAGUGGGCUCGGAGGGAGAAGUUGGGCACCAAGUUCGUGUCUGCCAUUGGGGAGGUUGUGAAAAAUGGCGGGUUGCGGAAGGUCAACGACAAGUUUUUGUUGGAAGAACUGAACAUUCGACUUCUACCAAUGCGGCGGACAAUCCUCAAUGCGAUCAAGCGAAAGCUUGUCGGAAAUAAGACCGUCCGCUUCGGGGAGGUGGAGAAGUUUGAGCCGAUCCUGAUCAACAAACCCAAGUUCAGCAAGUGUCCGUGGAUCGACCUUGCAGAAAUUGAAGAACGGAACGACCAGGCGACUUUGCGGGCCGCCAUGAGGACCUGGCGCUUCUGCGCCACUGGCCUCGAUGGUCAAGAGGAGAGAUCGUUAAUGUACGAUGCCUUUAAUGCUUGGAAACCCAAGCCGAAGGGCAUCCUGGAGAUGUUUCAGGACAUGCUGGAAGAAGGCAUUGUCCCUCGAGCAUGUCCUGGCGAACACACAGAAUGUCAGGGUAAGAAAUGA